UAAUCAGGGCCAUCGAAAGAAGAUGGAACAGUGUGUCUGUCUGUCUGYCAUCCGGUUUGUUUUCGCGCCAAAUCAAUCCGUACGUACCGUCCUCGAGGCUUGGCAGCCAGAAAACGUUUCUGUGGGCACAUUGAAAAUCUAGAAUCUGAAAUUCUUUUUUUCCGACCAUUUCGUGCAAACACUUAGGUUCGAUGCAACUACUCGACGAUAGAUUUAACGACUCAGUCAACACGGCCCAGCAAACAUCGACUGAGGCGAAUAGACCCACACAAUACUGUCUGAAUUCCGUUACCAUGACAAAGGAAUCACCAACUACUAGUACUACCGGAUGCAGCUUCCACCAAAAGAAAACUUCCAAGGCAUCGGUAGGAGCGGUAACAACAACCGCGGCAACGGCCGCCCUCGAAGCGGUUUACCGCAGCGCGCUCGCUGCUUUUAAGGCUGAGAAAGACACCACCAGGAAGAAGGAGCUCCGGCGGGCCCGGACCACCGCGAAGAAGGCCUGGGACGAGGCGGUCCUGAAAGACUGCCUCGCCAGUGACAGUGGGGCCGAGGCACUACACUGCAGGGAUUGCAGCCAGAUGUUUCUGUGGACGACGGAGGACCAGAGCUACUACAAGGCCUCCGAGCGCCGCUGGAACCACAGGCCCCUACGCUGCCGGGUUUGUGCCGAAUCGCAAAAGACCCGCCGCAAGAACAACAACCUCCAGCACGAUGUCAAAGGAGAUGGCGGGGAAUCAGCCGGAGCGGAAGCCGACACCGUGUGCCGCGUGGUGGGCAAGGCGGGGAGAAAUAUGUGCUACGCUUUUCAGAGGGGUGAAUGUCGCUACGGAGACAGGUGCAAAUUUAACCACGACCCGAACUUUGCAGGAAAGAACCGAGACGAAAAAGGAGACAGCGACGGCAACGAAGAGAAAGGAAAGGAGGAAAGCAGUGGCGACCCCGGCAACGAGACCAAAAACGAGGAGGAACUCCGCAAGAAGCGAAAGCUUGUCCCCGAUAUCAUCCCCGUAUGCAAGUGGGGAACCAAGUGUACCAUCAAGAAGUGCCGUUUUCGGCAUGUUGACGAAAGCACAAAAACCGAUUCUCUCUUCAAAACGAAUCCGGCCAAAGCAGAGACGGCGACAGCAGCAGCAAUAACAGCAGUGAGUGACAGUAGUAGCAAGAAUAAGGCCCCGAGAACUGUUCCGACUGGAAUCUGCAAGUGGGGAAUGAAUUGCCGGCUCAAGCGGUGCCGUUUGCAGCACGUCGAAAACAACAUCGAGAACCAAACGAAGGACAUUUGUGUUGAGGCCAGGACAGAUAGCGCCCCAACCCUGACACUAAAUUCAAAGACCGAAACUACGAACAACAAAAAAGUCAGCGACAAGGAACCAAUCACCACGACCAYGAUCACUACCAAAACGAAAAAGAAAGAAAAACGAAGCGACAAAACAGUCAUUAAGGCCGUUCGAAAUGCCCUGAAAAAGGCACCGAAGAAGCAGCUCACAGUCCGGGAAUUGAGGAAGCAGCUGAAGGUUUGCUUGUCUGAGGAUGGUGCCACGGGAAAAGAUGACGCGAAACGUAUGGUGAAAAAAGCGAUAGCCAACCACAAGGACUCAUUGGUACUCCUCGAAGGCGGGAAAGUUGUCAAACUCUUGUAAACUAUUAGUAGUAUAAUGUGGAUUUUUGUCUAACCC